AUGUGGUUUCCACGACACGAAGCGGCCGCAUACCGGUCACCGAGAUCAAUGACCAUGGAUCAUUGCACAACGACCGCCAUCAAAAUCAGAGGUGUCGCCGAUACGAAACUUGUCACAAUGAUGUUCACCACUCCUACUGCGGCGGCAGCGGCAGCAGUGGAAAGAGGCGACGACCCCCCACUGGUGACGAAAAUCGAACGACGUUCUUCGCUACGGCGAAAUCGGCGCGUAACGACCGACAACGACGAUGACGACGAAGAAGAUCUCAAGCCGUCCGCCAAAUACGACAAAGCCCGUCGUCGGCGCCGGAAGAUAUUUCGUCAGGGACUCUGGCAUUUCCUAUUUCGCCAAGGACUGUCUCUUCACCAACUAGUGGCGCUACUCUUUAUCGUUGCUGGGUGUGUGACCGUUUACCGGUGGAUGGUGCUAUCGAGUCGUAUGUCUCCGGCUGCGUCGGUAGCCGAACGUUUCCGGCGUCACAAACUUGCUCAGUCCAAGAUGCGUGAGCGGGAAAUUGACGCCCCUCAUCAUGACGGGAAGCGUCGUUCGCAAGACGAAUCCACCGACGGCUCGCUCCGCAGUCAAUUGACGGGACAGAAAACCAUUCUUGAAUUGUUUCAGAACCACCGUUGGCAGCCUGAUUUGGUGAAAAAACAAGUUCGCACUGGCACGGACAGCACGAUUGCCACAGUCGAUAAGAUUCUACAAGCAUGGGGUCGGCAACUGGAUGAGGAUGUAGAAGGAAACGUACACGGCGGUCCCCAAUGGACCCGACCCUUUUUGUUACCUCCCCUACCCAAUGCUGGUCGCAGCGAACCUGAAGCUGACCUGGCUACUGACGAUGAAGUCAAGGAGAAAGGACGCCGAGACAAAGCAAUUCACAAACGCGCAUACUUCAAGGUUAACCGGAAUGGACACAUGGCAUGGCAAGACGAGUGGGAAAAAAUGAAGCAAGCAGGCGGCACAGAAGUGGGUCCCAAGAUUGACUACACCGAUAAGGGCAUGUACGUGUAUCCCGAUGUUUUGCCACAGCCUCCCUUGGCUGGUCAAUAUCCCAAAUUGCAGACGUUGAGUGACAUCAUGACACGUUGGCCGCAGGAUGAAGAGUAUGAAGAUGACCACUUUGAAGAAACGUUGAUUCAUUUCGACUUUACCAACGAAACGCAGAUGGUAGCCGCGCUUAAAUUUCGAGACAAUCAAUUACCUUUUAAAGUUUACAAUGUCCCAGAAAUCCAAGCGGCGACGUCUAAAUGGACAGACGAGUACGUGGCGGAACAUUUCGGCAAAGGCACUAGUUUACUUAAUGCCUGGACAAGUACUGUUCUAGCCGAUGGCACUGCCCAAGAAUCACCCAAUAACUACUUUGCAUUCUUCACUCCCAAUCACUGGGAUGUCGCUGCCAUGGGACUUCCACCUACCCGCAACAACAAUUGGAGCUUCGGUACUUGGGCCGAACAUGCGCAAUAUGCGGAUGCUGCCCCCCUCGCCGCCGAUCAACCUCACUUUUACUGGCAAGCUGGAGUCAGCCGUGAAGAGCGGCACCAGGACCCAGCCAAAUGGACUUUUAUCAGCAAAGAUUUGCCUUCAUUUAGCUCGACCGAGGCUAACUUUUUCCAAUUUCACCCGGCACAGCAAAAGGGUAUUCAGUGCCGUUUUGGAGAGCGCGGUGUGGUCGCGGCAACACACUACGAUUCGGGACGUAACAUGGUCGCCAUGAUAACGGGCGCCAAACGCUAUAUUCUGUCGCCUCCGAAAGAGUGUUCAAAACUAGGUAUCUUUACGAGUAAAUCAUCACCGAUUUACCGCCAUUCACUGCUAAACUUUGGACACUUAAAGUUUUUGAACGAUUCCAGCACUGCAGAAAAUCUGGGAAUGUCACUGGAGGAGCGUGGCUGGCUGGAGCGAGCAGCGUCGGCUCAGGCGGUGGAAACUGUAUUGAAAGCUGGCGAAGUCUUGUUCAUUCCGAGCUUCUGGUUUCAUUACAUCGUGAGCGUGCAAAAAUCAGCCCAGUGCAACGUACGCUCUGGCAUUGACGAAUCCGGAUCUUCCGAAUUCGGAGGUAAGGAAAAUGUCCUGGAAUGCAAUUAGACAAACAUGUGCUUCACGGGGGAAGCCUUCUGCGUUUGACUGUAAACGGGAUACAGUGCGAGGAUACCAUUCCUGCAAAGUCGGAGCAGCUUGUUGCCCUCACCUCAUGUCUGUAAGGCACUUAGAUAGCUGUUGACGUUCAGCUGCUCCUCCCACUUUGAAAUUGACUCGAAGUCCAUCUGAAUGGUCAUUCCUUCUACUUUCAACCGUGAUCUGGUUGGUAUGCUACGGGCUACUGUCCCUCGUGAAGUGCCUCUAAAGCGCUCGUCAAAUGACGACGAAAGACGGGAAUAAGCUCUGCGGGAUUGUCCAAAGGGAAGUGAUUGACGCAGCGACAGUUGUUUAGCCAUCCAAUCUAACACUUUCCAAUGUUGAUAGUAAUUUCCUCUUGCACCGUUUUGUAGAUAUGGUUGUCUGUGCAAUGUCGUUAGUUUGCUGCGCACCUGUUUUCCUGUUUCUCUCUCGCUGCAUCUGCCCUCCAAACCGCCGUGCUACAUUUGCCGAGGUUACUCUUCAGAAAUGCAAUUGUCCGGUGAAAGUUGCUGUUUCCAUCCAUAGCGACCAUCCUUGCGGAUACGAGAUACUAGCAGCAGGCAAUCUGUCCUGUUGGCCAGGUCACCAUAGCCAUCUGCUUCGACUAGCUAGGAGACUUACUACUUUCGAGAAAUGCUGUCGUAAUGAUAGCUGUGAUAUCUUUCUUGUAGCGAAUAUAAAUUUCGAGGUUCCUAAUGCUGAUGUUAGGGUGGCCUCUAAGGUUAACAAUCGGCGUUCCGUAUUUGUCUCCCUGUCAAUCGCGUUUCAAAAGAGGCUCACUGAUAGUCAGUGCUAUGCGCAUUUUGAAAUGAUCUACCAUCAGAGCUGCCGUGUAUUGUUCGUUGCCUUUAUAGAAUUUCCGUUGUUGUUUACAUCGCUUGCCUUUUUUGAGGUGGGCUUCACUGUCAGCUUCACUAACUCGUCUUUAGAUGACUGGAGUAGGGAAACAAUAAAGAUCUUGGGAAGCAGCCAGGAAGUCACAGCCA